CGCCUGUGGUUUGGCGUGUCUGUUUCGUGCGUCUUUCCUUUUCUUCACUUCCCUGGCGCGGGGGAUUGCGGGCAGCACUCUACUUGAGCCGGCCCAGGAGCCCUUGAGUGGGCUGGCUGGCACGUGGAACGGAGAAAGGUGCACACAGCAUGGCAGAAAACCGAGAGUCCCGCGGGGCCGUUGAGGCUGAGCUGGACCCGGUGGAGUACACCCUUAGGAAACGGCUUCCCCACCGCCUGCCCAGGAGGCCCAAUGACAUUUAUGUCAAUAUGAAGACUGACUUUAAGGCCCAGUUGGCCCGUUGCCAGAAGCUGCUAGACGGAGAUGCUCGAGGUCAGAACGCCUGCACUGAGAUCUACAUUCAUGGCUUAGGCCUAGCCAUUAACCGUGCCAUCAACAUUGCCCUGCAGUUACAGGCAGGCAGCUUUGGGUCCUUGCAGGUGGCCGCCAAUACCUCCACGGUGGAGCUAGUUGAUGAGCUGGAACCAGAGACUGAUACACGGGAGCCCUUGACUCGAAUCCGCAACAACUCAGCCAUCCACAUCCGAGUCUUCAGAGUCACACCCAAGUAAUCAAAAUGAAGCUGGUUCCCUUACCCUAUCUCCCACCCCCCAAACAGCAAGCCCAAAUGUGGCUCUCCUCAUGUUGCUUAUGUCAUGGAUCUCCUGUGACAGCUAUGUAAGAAAAGGCCUGCUCCCUCACAGCCCAAAGGAUUCUGCAUUGGGGAAGGGGGCAGUUAACUCUUCUUGGGCCCGAAUGAUGGGUCUUCUGAGUCUGUGUGGUCUGUAACUAUGUCCUGUACAAUAAAAAGUGCCAAAUUGUGUUGAUUCCUGGCCACCCCACUG